AUGGCCGCCCCACAAAUUGGUGCACCACGAAGGCCAGAAAGAAGAAGAAGGGGUAAUCUUCAAGUACCUUCAUUAAUGACAACGCUCCAUUAUGAUGGACAAACUAUUGAAACCACUACUGAACAAUUUGAUACUCUUCGAGUACUUGGAUCUGGAUGUUAUGGAACUGUACUUGCUGUAACUAUUCAAGACCAUCCAAAUGUUCAAAUGGCUGUGAAAAAAAUAAAACUUGAAACACAAGAAGAACGUCAAGCAUCUACAUAUACAGAUUUAACAACAAUUCAAAAUGUUGGUUCAAAAAAUUAUCCAUAUAUUAUUUCUUACUAUGGAGCAGUCAUCGAUACCCGUGAAGUUGGUGAAUUACUUAUUUGUGUAGAAUUAAUGGACGCAUCAAUGGAGAGAUUUUAUCACACAAUGCAUUCACUUGAUAGUGUUUCAUAUACCGAUCUCGAUCAUGUUUUAUGUAGAUUAACUCAUAAUAUAACAUCAGCAUUGCAUUUUCUCAAAACGUGUCGAAUUUUACAUCGUGAUGUUAAACCUCAAAAUAUGCUUGUUAAUAAGCAAGCAGUCUUUAAAUUAUGCGAUUUUGGUAUUAGUCGACAAAUGCGUCUAUCAAAAUCAGUAGGUAUUGGUACUGUUCAAGGUACUGAAGCAUAUUUACCACCUGAAUUGAUUUCUGAUAGUGCUCAACCAUAUGGUAUUCGUGCUGAUAUGUGGGCAUUAGGAUUAAGUUUGUUUGAAAUUAUUGUUGGAAAACAACCAUUUGCAAAUAUGAAUUCAUUUCAAACAAUGAUAGCAAUUCGAUCAUGGAUUCCAACAGUACCAACAAAUCCUAAAAUUUCUAAUGAUAUGAAACAUCUUAUUACAUAUUUACUGAAAAGAAAUGUCGAAGAACGACCAAGCACUUAUGUUGAAAUACUUGAAGUACCAUCCAUAAAAAAUGUUAGUACAAAUCCAUCCGAUGAAGAAAUAACAUUUGUAACGAAUAUUCUUCAUAAUAUUCCUCCAUUAAAUGAACAAUACCAAUAUGUUUAA